CUGCUAAGAAAACGCUGUUUUUUUUAAAGGGAAACCAAGGUUGUUGAGGUCUGUGGUGGGCUAAGCAGGUUGAAGGUUGCUGCUGGCUGCAGGGCCCUGUGGAGCAGAAUAGCUGUGCCAUUCCCCCUUUUUUCCUCUCAUGUCCCCCCCUGUGUGUUUCCCUGUGUGUUAGUGACCCCGCACCCCACCCACCCCCCACCUGAUCCCUCCUGUCGUGUCGCCACUCCAGCCCGAAGCCCCCCUCUCACCCCAUGCUUGGAACAAAGUCCGCUCACUGCCAGCCCGAUGACUGCCUGGAUCGUCCUGCCUGUCAGCCUGUCUGCCUUCUCCAUCACAGGGAUAUGGAUAGUCUACGCCAUGGCUGUGAUGAAUCACCAUGUUUGUCCUGUGGAGAACUGGUCUUACAAUGUAACGUGCACAGAGGAGCUGGCCCGACCAGGCUUCCCCAAGACGUGCUGCACCAUCCAGGACAUCCCCCUCAUCAGUAAAUGUGGCUCCUUCCCUCCUGAGAGCUGCCUGUUCAGCUUGAUCGGCAACGUCGGGGCCUUCAUGGUGGUGAUGGUGUGCUUUCUGCGCUACGCCCAGGUGAUCGAACACAGCCACCAGUGUUGGAUCAACACCAGCGCUCUGGUGUCGGGCUGCACCAACGCCGUGGGGCUGGUCAUGGUGGGGAACUUCCAGGUGGAUCACGCCAAAUCUCUGCACUAUGUGGGUGCGGGGGUGGCGUUUCCAGCGGGGCUGCUGUUCGUGUGCCUGCAGUGUGUGCUCACCUACCGGGUGGCUGUCACCGCCCUCGACUACUGGAUGGCCCAUUUCAGAGUGGCUCUUGCUCUGGCGGCCAUGGUCUCCCUCGUCCUCAGCGGCAUCUUCUUCGUCCACGAGAGCUUCGUCCUGCAGCACGCCGCCGCCAUCUGCGAGUGGGUCUUCACGGUGGACAUCCUGGUCUUCUACGGCACCUUCACCUACGAGUUCGGCACGGUCACCAGCGAGACCAUGAUGGCGGGCCUGCAGCAUUGUCUCCACCACGGCUCGGGGGUGAUCAUGGGCCCCAGAGCGCGGGGCUCGACACUGGGUGGAGCCACUAAGGGCCUCAAGUCCCCCGGGGGGAGCAGCACAUCCACACAUCUCAACUGUACGCCGGAGAGCAUAGCGAUGCUGUAGCUCUGCAGCGAUGUGGAGGAGAGGGAGCUCUGUUUAAACAUUGGACCUACACCAGGUGAUCCCAUCUGUAACGCUGUACUAUCUCUCCCUUUGUUUCCACGGUGACGCCACCACAGGGAAAUGUCCCGUAGCGAUGUUGUAAAGAGAGGCUGAAUGUGUGGAGCCAUGAAUGUUUUCCAAGAUGGUGGUUUGAUUUGUGUUUUAAUUUCCUGAGCGACUUAUUUCUUCUCUUUUUGUCUAACUUUGCAUACCUGGUGUGCCCACAACCCCCCCCCCCCCCCCCCCUCCCGGCACUCCUUCAUGAGCUCCCCGAUGCUCUGCGCGGCCCACCUGUUCUGGCCUUUUGCUUAUCUCUGCACGGCUCACUUUUCUGAAUGAGAGGAUAACAGUUUUAUGUUGGAGUUUUAAAUCUUGCGUAGUUAGUGGAUAAUACUGAAUGUUUGAGAAUAGUUCCCCGUUAUGUUUCACAUGCUUUAUAUGGCCUUUGUUUCAUUUCUAUCAAUCAACCUAAUUAUGUCAAAUGAUUUGCAAAAAACGAUUAAUUCCACUCGACAAUAUUAUUGGAUUGCACAGAUGAUUUUGAAUGCAAAUGUUGAUGGUAUUUUGAGUUGUUUUACCAGCUAUGUAUAGUUAGAGCCACUGUCAUCCUUGAGAUCCUGUGAGGGCAGGAACACAGCAGCUCCGCUCUGAUCACCGCUUCUCAAUCACUUUGACUGAAGUCCCUCGAUGAUGUAUUCCAGUAUCGUCCCACAUGUUGCAUGAUUUCUUUGUAUCAUUUUACAUUUCAUGCUACCUUUUUUUAUUAUUCCAUUGACUGUCAUGUCCGGUGCAAUAAUUGUCAUCAAUCAUGAGAUCAUUUCUGCUCCGCUGGAGUGUAUAAUGCCUUUUUCAGUGUGUUGGAAUUGAACACAGGGCUUUGUUUUUUGUUUGUUUUUUAAUUGACACAAAGACUUUUGAAGUGACCUACAUGUUAUAGUAAAAGUGUGAAGGUAAAUGUAUAAUCCAACUCAAAAUAUAACAAAGUGGUCGCCCACACGCUGAUUUGAUUCCAGGCUGGACCCUUGGAAGCCUUAUUUGACUUUUGGGAAAAGGUUUUCCGUUUAAAAAUGAAGCGACGUCGUCCUUUUUCUCAGUGCUUUUAGGAGGAGUUUAUGUAUAUGAUGCUUGUACACCUUGUGCCAUAAACCUCAUGGCGUUACAAAGGUGUCAGUACAGUGUUACAGACAAUAAUAGCACACAGGUUGUAGAGUGAAGAACGGUUUUUGUAUGAUUUCCUGUUGCCAAUUUCUUUUUAAGUGAUACUUAACACCAGACUGCCACAAACUACCACUGCUCAAACUAAAGCUGACUAAUGCCACCAAACUUAGAUUAGGAGGAUGUUUUGUUGUUGAAAUGAAUGCACCGUAUGAGAAGUAUAUUCCCUGAUAACCACAGUAUUCUGCCCUCUAGUACAUUUGAACUCUCUAACCAAUGGAUGCCAGCAAUACACCCUUUUUAAAGAAACGGUCACAUCACCUACCUCUUUUUAUCUUUUUGUGGGUUUGAUGUUCUGAGGAAAAAGCUAGACUUCCAACAUGUUUCUCCAUCUCGCAGCGAAGAGUUUGAGAACAGUAUUUUACAUGAUGCUGGCUCGGCAAUCCUCAGUCCAAAGCGUCGGCAUUUAAGGAAACUGUGGAUCUGCUUUUACAAUAAUCAUGCGUCAGGUCAGGUUUUUUUUUGUUGCUAAAAUUAUUUAUCUUGCCAUUGUUUCUGCGACUGUGUUCUGCAGAUCUUGCCAAAAAAGACGGGAGUCCUCUAAAGUUUUGAUUGGUUUUCUGUGUGUCAGCAGGAGGUGUAUGAAUCGUAAUGGGUGCACUGUUUUAGCCUUAUCCCUCGUACUGUGCCAGGGGAACAUGAUCAUGUUGCUUUCUUUUUAUCUUGUGUUCAGCUGUAGCCAAUUUCACCAAACUGUAACAAAGUCACAUGGUGUGACUGCUAAUGGCAGCUUGUAUGAGCCCUCACAUUAGGGCUGGAUCUAUUCUGUAACAUCUCUUACAUAAUGUCAUCUUCCAGAAGCCAAAAUCUAAAGGUGGAUUUGACCUUUGUUCUUGUCUGUCACAAUGUACACCUAAGCUUUCAUAUGGUUUCUUUGUUGGUGGGAGAAUCCUAUCUAAAGAAAGGCUGCCUGACCUGUACACACCCUGAACUCUUCAACACAGAAACAAUGUUUAUUAAAAAAUGUAUUAAUAUUUCCUAAAUUUUUGAAAAAUAUGUUAAAGAAUGUUAAUGGAGUCAGAGAAACCCCCUGAAGACAAGUCAACACAGAUUAUUGUUUCCUUUUUAUAAAUUCUGUAAAUAUGUAUGAUUUGUCUAUCAUUUAGGGUAUUUUCAUUUGACAGAGAUUUAUAUUCAAAUAUGAAAUAAAAAUGAUAAAUUAUUAAA